AUGGAGCGCCUGCUUUCCCCUGGAACCUGCCUUCUCCUCUGCUUCCUCACUCAGCUUGCCACUGCAGCCUCUGGUGACAGGGGACGUGUGGGACAGUGGGAUGCUGAGAAGACCCCAGGCUACUGGAAUAAAGGUGCCAGGAGGAGGCUGGAGUUGGCCCUAGCCUUACAGCCAGGAGCACAGCGGGCCAAAAACAUCAUCCUCUUCAUGGGUGACGGCAUGGGGCUGUCCACCGUGUCAGCAGCUCGGAUCUACAAGGGGCAGCUGGCAGGCAGCUCCGGCGAGGAGAGCGUCUUGGCAAUGGAGACCUUUCCCCACGUGGCCCUGGCCAAGACCUACACCAUCGACCGGCAGGUGCCCGACAGCGCUGGCACGGGCACCGCCUACCUCUGUGGGGUGAAGGCCAACGCCAAGACUCUGGGACUGAGCGGGGCAGCCGUCUAUGGAAAAUGCCGCACCACCUUCGGCAAUGAGGUGGAUUCUGUCCUGCACCGGGCCAGGCUGGCGGGCAAGUCCGUGGGCAUCGUGACGACCACGCGGGUGCAGCAUGCGUCCCCCGGGGCAGCCUAUGCGCACUCGGCCAGCCGGAGCUGGUACGCUGACGCCAACAUGCCCAAGGAGGCCCUGCGGGACGGCUGCAAGGACAUCGCCUACCAGCUGGUGCACAACACUGACAUCAACGUGAUCCUGGGCGGCGGGAGGAUGUACAUGACCCCCAAGCAGACUCCGGACCCUGAGUACCCAGAGGACCCAGAUCAAAAUGGCACCAGGAAGGAUGGCCGGGACUUGAUUGCUGAGUGGCUGAGUGCCAAGCAGGGUGCCCGCUAUGUCUGGGAUAAGAAGGGCCUGGAUGCGGUUAAAGAUGACUCUGUCAGCCACCUUAUGGGCCUCUUUGAGCCCAAGGAUAUGAAGUAUGAGCUGAACCGCAACACAUCCACAGACCCCUCCAUCGUGGAGAUGACGGAAAAGGCCGUCCGCAUCCUGCGCAGGAACCCCAAUGGCUUCUUUCUCUUUGUGGAAGAUGACCACAUUCCUCUUGCAGGUGGCAGAAUCGACCAUGGCCACCACAGUGGCCGGGCCAAGCAGGCGCUGAUGGAGGCCGUGAUGCUGGACCGGGCGGUGGCACGGGCGGGAGAGCUCACCUCCCCUGCUGACACGCUGACCGUGGUGACGGCCGAUCACUCCCAUGUCUUCACUUUCGGGGGCAGCACACCACGUGGCAAUUCCAUCUUUGGGCUGGCCCCCAAGAAAGCCAAGGACAAGGGAGCCUACACCAGCAUUCUCUAUGGCAAUGGUCCUGGCUACAGCAUCCGUGAUGGGGCCCGUCCAGCUGCCAGCCUCCCUGCUGCAGAGGACAAGGACUACAGACAGCAGGCAGCUGUGCCCCUGGAGACAGAGACUCACAGUGGGGAAGACGUGGUGGUGCUGGCCCAGGGCCCCAUGGGCCACCUCUUCCACGGGGUGCAGGAGCAGCACUACAUCGCCCAUGCCAUGGCCUACGCUGUAGAGGGUCCGUUCGGUCAGGGUCAGCCCGUCCUGGUCGGUCUGGGUCAAGAGACGGGCAGGGAGUGA